ACAACAACAACAUUUUGAAACUGAUAGUAUUUUGUCUCAAGCUUGGGUCCGUCCACGAGAGGAUAGAGGAAAAAACAGUCACAUGUCGGAACGGAACGUCAGUUUUAGUGGUCUAAUGAGCUCUACAGUUUACGGACAAAGUUGUGAAUUUGUCGAUGAAGGAAACCAAGACCAGCAGAGUCACAGGUAUUCUCUACCACAUCAUGGUGAUGGGAAAAAUGUUAAUCAAUUCUGGACUGGUACUGCAGUCAAUGAAAGAGGAUUUGCUGAUCACAUUUCUAAUAUGUAUGGUGUUGCUAGUAAAAGAACUAGUCCGGUGUUCUUGGGAGAGAUGAACGCUGCGUCCAGUAGCGGGACAGCGAGCUCCUCUUCAGUAAUCAGAUGCAGGGUAAUUCAAGCGAACCCUGCCUACACCCAAAGGAUAAGCCCAAUUCAGAUGUCAAAUGACCUUGGUUCGCCGGAAAGUAUAAGAAUUAACAAGGGGAACAUGCCUUACAGUGUCCUAAUUGCCAAGGCAAUACUAUCAACACCACAGAGACAAAUGAAUGUACUGCAGAUUUACUCCUGGAUUGUUCGUAACGUCCCAUUCUUUGCAGACAAGGGAAGAAUGCCUGCAUCCCGUGGAUGGAAGAAUACCAUACGUCAUACUCUGUCCAAAAAUCCCCGGUUUGUUCGUAUUCCAACAAAGAUGAGGCGACGAAGCCUAUGGACAGUUCGAUCAGAUGAUUUAUCAUCUAAAGAAAUGCCCAGAGAAAUGCUAUCAGUUGCAAACAGCAGUGGAUAUGUCAGACCUCACGUUUUUCCAGGAAAUGUUGGAAAUGAUGAAGUCAUAAACACACUGAAGUAGCAAUCCUUUCACUGGUCAUCAUCAUCGAGUAGUUGACCAAAACACACCGUAUUUGUAUCCAUACCCUUGUACUUCUAUUCAAAAUUAUAAUAGCAGUAUGUGAUACAACUUGUUUUACAGCAGCAUUUUAAGAAUUUUCUCUUUUGCUUUUAAGCAAAAAAAGUUGCAUAAUUUAACAUUCUGUCAUGCAAAGAUUGUUAGACUGAUAUGUUGUCUUUCUGGUUGAUUCUGAUUAGAUGGUUAGCUGUGUGUAUUUCAUUGUUUUACAAUCGUCUCAGUACUUUAAUUUAUCCAGAUUUUAUUAUUAUAAAGAGUCC